UAGCUCUUUUCACGAGCGUGUCACAUGGGAUUCUUAGCAUUCUCCAUGCUCUUCAUUGAUGUUCCCAUUGGUUGCGGUGAUGUUGGAUGCCUCCGGCUUACACAUCAUUGAUCAGCAACGAUACACAUGUUUCCGCUAUUUCUACUCGUUCCCUUGCUGAAUCGAGUGUACGGCGGUGAACCCCCUCUCUGGGCAUCAAAUUAUCCGGACCCGGCCUCUUUUCCCGAAGAACUGCGGCGACAUUACAUCAACCUGAAUGGGAAAGUCGACUGUGACUUUAAUAGGAAAACAAAUUGUCUAUUCAAAUCCUCCACGGAAGGGUGGAAUUUUCAUCAAAGCCUACGUGAAUUGGCCGAGCAACUCAAAAAAGCAGCAGAGGCAGCUGCUUUUGCCGUCUCUGCAAGCAACACCGAUGCGGCCGGUCGAAACGAAACCAGGGAAUUGGGCGCAGAGGAUCUUGGUAACAUCGUUGUCCCGAAGGCGAACUUCUUCCCGUGCUACAAUCCGUCUCGAAUGCUAUCGUCCUUAAACGGUGACAAUCUCGCAUCCAGUAAGUUGGAGGUGUCUAUUCCCUGGCCCCGUUUCACUCGCCUUGUCGUACCCAUAGCGGUAGUUGAUCCUACCCCAUCAACACAUCAGCGAGUCGUCGGACCUCGGCCUGUUUUCAACCCUUACACACAGUAUCAACACCAAUCUCGUGAACAGUCCGUAUACCAGGUACUCCCAGUAUCGAGUUCGUCAACCCUGUUGGCCUGUGUGCAUCUGAAGCUGCGCUUUCCGGUAAAUCGAUCUUCUCAGGUCAAUAUCAGUUUUAGUGAACUUUUGCAAACCGUAACCGCGGGACCACCGUCCGAUGGUGGGGUAGCACCUGCAUCGUACCAUCAGAAAACGACAACGUACUUUGAUUGGUCCUUGUUUAGGCGAUCAGCUGUGACCAGUCUAGAAUCGACCCACUAUGUACCAGCUGAUGUCUGGGUUGAACUCUCUGUCCCAGUGGACGCGCGAGCGAGUGUGUUGAACGACUUGGAGUCGAUUUCGCAACAACAAACUUCCAAAAAUAUGGAGCCACCGAUAACUUUCUCCAGUAAUGGAGCAACGUGGAUUGCGCGUGUCCUACGAACUGCCCUACACAUCGAGACAACCUCAGGUGUGUGUUUGGAUGAUUUCCAGCUGCGUCCACUGAUUCACCAACUAUCGGCAGAUGCAAAUGACACCAGCACUUGUGUUCGUAGCCUACAUUGGACUGACCCAAAGACGGAGCGAAAAACGAUACUGCUCGUCGACGAAUUCGGUGUCCCACUGAAACCCGCUGAUCCGUCGUCUACCCGAGAAACCCGGUCGCAAAGACCAUCCCUUUAUUUGGCUGACAAUCGAACCUCGGUUGCGGGCUUCAGUUGGCUUCAUUUUGCCGGUUCUCUAGUCCUAGCGGUCUCUACAACCGUGCUUUUUCUGCUAUUUGUCUCCGCGGUCGGUUUGUCGAUCGUUCUGGCUCACAAACGCAAACCUGGUUGCCGGAUACGACGAUACCCUGUCCAUCCCAGUAGCAAAGCGCCUUCUGACGGUGCACCAUCGACCCCGUUGGUACCAAGUCUCCUCUCCGAAUCCGUAUGUCCAGUCAAGUAUGACUAUGAAACUCCGACUGUGGAUACCGAACCGAAUUCGACUCAAUGUGGAGAAAGUUUGUUCCUAAAUGGCACGGACACUUACCGUAGUGACAGAGAACACCCACCUGGGGUACAUGAAAUCGGUGCAGAGGCCGCCAAUACCACUGCUGUCCAGUUAAUGCGAAACUGGUACUUUUAUCGCCGUCGAGGCAAUCGCGCACGCCAAAAGUUUAUUCCACGGGGAUCGUCUCCGGAUCCUCCACCCCUCGCCUUUCAACCUCCUGUCAGCGCACAUCCCUUUGACUUCGGCCGCACCGACGUGGCCCUACGACCUGCUAAUUACAAUCGAAGUUCAUCUCAACACUUGGGACGUCAGUCCAUGGUUUUGACCACAGAUUCAAACAAUCAGCUGGUCAUUCUUCCAGCAUUUCAAUCAGACUCGGCUCCGUCAACGAACAUGCGCUCCGGUUCCAGUAUCACUUCUGACCCGCAAUUGUUUAUGAUUCCCGAGACCCCACCAUCAUUGCGUCGAUCGACUGCCGUAUUGACCGAUGCCGAAGCUACCCGGUUAGAAUUGGCGGAAUCCGUCCGACGUUUGGAGGACUACUUUUCGCAACCGAAUCAAUCCGGCACACCCGAACUUCAUUUACGUUAUCCCAACUGCGAUAGCCUAACCCCAGCCACUGUGGCUCGAUCUCAGCUAACAUCAGACCCACCCCCCCUGGACUACACUCCAUCAUCUGAAUCCACCGAUUCCCGUGGAUCGUCGACAGUCAACGGUCCACCCGCCCACCCCCGCACAAAUACACGCAAUACUAAUCCGAACUCCAUGUGAUCGACCACCAACGUGGUUUAUACACUUGCCUGCGGAGCGAAUUUUUCUACCACUUUGUCCAAUAUAAGGUUCACGCAGGGAAUACAUAGGUCUCGUGAUAGUGCAGAACAACUGUUAUACCCCGCCCGCUCCACACAACCGUAGUUGCCAGACCCUCACUGCUAUUAUGAUGUGCUCUACGCUAAUUGUUACCCCGGCCGUUUUUUCUAUCUGCUAUUCUUUCUGCUAAGUGAUUCCCUAUCUACCUCCCCAGUCCAAUCGAUAGUUACUUUUUAUUUGUCAAGUGUACAGAACACUUCUUGUUGCUGUUAUACUAUCUCCCUGAAGGUAAUCUCAGAACGCUUGGUCUUUGUUUUUUGUGCCCUAUCUCCUAUCUUUUUUUCUUUUAGAUACACGUUUUACUUGAAUCUGGCACUUCAUAUUUAAGAAAGAAUGCGC